AUACGAGGUGUCAAAUUCAAAUGUUCCUCACUAACCAAAGUAUCUCAUACAUUAAACAUGAUGAAGAGACAAAGAGAAACCGAAGAAAAAGAGAGCAUAGAUUUAGCAACAAGUCUAAUGUUACUUUCUCGUACACAACAAAACAAAACAUUUUCUUCUCCAAUUGAGUUUGAGUGCAAAACAUGCAACCGAAAAUUCUCAUCUUUUCAAGCAUUAGGUGGUCAUAGAGCAAGUCACAAGAAAUUGAAAAUUGAGGGACAACAAGAAUCACUCAAAGGAAACAAUAAUAAUGUUAAAAAAAUGCAUGAGUGUUCGAUUUGUGGACAAGAAUUCAAAUUGGGUCAAGCUUUAGGUGGACACAUGAGAAGACAUAGAAAUAAUGAAGCGUUUUCGAAUUGUUUUGAAAAAUCUUCUCCUGUUUUGAAAAGAUCGAAUAGUAAGAGGGUUAUGUGUUUGGAAUUGGACUUGAAUUUGACACCUUUGGAAAAUGACUUGAAGUUGUUGUUUGGAAAUAAGGCACCUCGAGUUGAUCUUUCUUUAUUUUGAUUUUUUUUUUUUUUUUUCUGACCAAACUCUUGGACAUAUACAUCAUCAUGUAUUCCUUUAGUUUUUUGUUUUUGUAAUAACAUUUAUUUAUGGAUAUAUAUAUUGAAUUUCAUUUCAUUAAAUGAUUUGUAUCAGAGUUUUGUAAGUUCUAGCGGAUGAAGAUAGAUUAGACCUUUGAAA